AUGUUUAAUUCUAGUUCCGAAUCCAUUGCAGAGUCCAUAUGCUCUGCGGAAUCCAUACGUACUGCAGAGUCAUUCCCCUCUUCAUACUCUACCAGAGAAUUGUCCGUAGAAUCCGAGAAUAAUGACUAUGAAUUAGAUUCCUAUGCAGAUGACUUUGAGGAUGUGGAUGACAUAGAUGCCUUUGUCGAGUCCCUCGGGGGUAUUGUCGAUGUAACGGGUACAAUCGAUGGGCAGGGUAUUGAAGUGGAACGGACGAAAAAGGACGGAAACCGGGCUAUGUCCGAUAACGAAGCGGCUCCCGACAGUAACUAUGAGUUGAAAGCUAACAACAUAUCCGAAAGAGAUUCCGUGCCCCUCGGGCAAGUAGAGACACAAGAUACAGUUAGUCAUGAGACAUUGGACGAGAUAGUUGAAGAGGGUUCAGGUGAACCGGAAUGCGUAUCUGAGGCAUCCGUGGCUUUGCACACCGCCAGUGAAUCGUACAAGUCCACCUCAAGUAGUCCACCAACUGCGCCGUGCGCUUUGGAACCAGAAGUUACCACAUCUAUCAUCCCCCACCUUCCGUUAAUCACCUCGUCGCAUAUCGACACGGACAUGGAGUCGAUAGAGGAUUAUCUGGAAGAUUUUGAAUCGAUUCAUGAGGAGAACCGAACUCCACCAGAGGAUGCGUAUCAGCAGCUCAGCACGCAAUCAUCGAUAUCAGAAAUCAACGCUUCUCUAAAGUCGGGUAGUGAAAGUGCGGAGGCCGUGGGCUGCAGCCUCCCAGAUACUCUGUCCUCCGAUGAGCUUGGUAGUGAAACAUAUGGAUCAGUCAAUAGUGGGUCUGCCACUCCCCGGCACCAGACCAUCCCUGUCAUUUCAAAUGAUGUCCCAAGUAGAACAGAUGGCGAGGAUCUGGAGUAUACUGAAGACUUUGAGUCUGUCACGGAAAACAGUCCCCGAUCAACGUCGACCAUGCCACAGCCAGAAGUUCAGUAUGAAAGUGAUUUUGAAGAUAUAGGCAGUUGGAUGUCUUGUGAGCCCGAGUCACUGAAUACCAGAAGUGAACAAGAAGCCGAGAACGAGAUUGCUCGGUACCAAUCCAUUCAAUCUCGUCUCUACAGCGCCCUCCGUACUCGAGUAUUGAGAAAUUGUUCCCAAAAGCGCCCGGAACCUGAUAUGCGCGAACCUGGGAAUGACCCAGUCCGCCAUGGUCGGCAUAUCGCUCUGGACACCCUUCUCUCCCGUGUGUCACAUCACAAAAAUGAACGUGUGCCUGAAGCGCCAGAUACAGAGACAAUCAUGAUCGAUCAUGGGCAUAAAGCAGCCAUUCCAGCACGAUGGCUUCAUCGUGUCCAAUGGAGGAAUGUAUUAGACGGCUUAAAGGAGCCACGACUGCAACCGUACGAGCUGACACCUCAUGAACGGGAACGCGAACUAUGCCGAACACAGGCCCGGAUAAAAAAUACGUAUUUUCGCUCAAAAAUAGCGGUUUUACAUCAACGUCAGAAUGCCUUCGGACAAGAUCCUUCUCAAUAUGAUCAUAUUCAGAUGAUUGCAGAUAUAUGUAAAGGAUUGCCAAGAUUUGCAGAUGAUCCGGAGGUUGUAUGGGCCAGAUUGCUUGAGCCGACAAAGAAGUAA